GAGGGACGGUGGGUGAGGAAGGGGUGGGGAAGAAGAGAAGAUGGAAGGGGAAGAAGAAGGUGGAGGGAUGCGUAUGAGGAAGGGUUUGAUGGAAAAGGGUGGUGGGGAAGUUGAUUACAAGAAUAAAGCUGGCACCGCUUGGAGUCAUUCCUACCUUAAUCAGAAGCCGUGGCACCCUCUCUCCUAUCCCAAUCAGCGCCGCAAGUGGAUCGCCGAGCAGACCGAUGCCCAACGCGAACGCCGUGCCCAGGAAGUCUCCAGAGAGUUUGCUCAGGAGCAGGAAUUCUUCCGACAGACCGCUCUCAUCUCUAAGAAAGAAAAGGAGAAGGUGGAAAUGAUGAAAGCAGUGAGCUUUAUGUAUGUCCGUCCACCUGGUUACAAUGCAGAAAGUGCCAAAGCUGCAGAGAUUGCAGAUGGAAGGAAAAAGCUGGAUCAAAACAGUGCCUCUCAAGACCCUGCAGAUGGUGUUCAUGCUACACUGCCCAAAACUGUUUCUGGUAAGGAUCUUUCUGGUGAAGGCAAGAGGAAGCCUAGGCCAAAGGAUGUUUUCGGUCGUGCUUUACCAACGGAAGAAGAUUUUGAAGUCCUAAAAAAUGCUCCAAGGCUAGAGACAGGUUUGCCGGCAAGAGUAAAGCCAUUUGGAGUCGAAGUUCGUAAUGUAAAAUGUGCAAGGUGUGGAACCUACGGUCAUCAAAGUGGUGAUCGUGAAUGCCCUUUGAGGGACGCCAUAAUGCCCAAUGAAGAGAGUCGGUUGAAGAGAGAUGAUCCCCUCACAGCUAUCUUGGCACAUAUUGAUUCUACUGAGCCACUAAAGUGGGAGCUGAAGCAGAAACCAGGCAUGAGUCCUCCUCGUGGUGGGUUCAGACCAGAUGAUCCUAAUCAGCAGAUAGUCGCAGAUGAUAUCUUUGAUGAGUAUGGAGGAUUCUUGGAUGGAGGCAACAUCCCUGAUCUGCUGACCAAUUUCUCAUCAGCAAACAAAUCUAGGAAGCACUCUAGAAAGAAAAGCAAGCACAAGAUCAAGUCAUCUGCAACGGGUAGUGAUUCCAAGAAUCACAAGAAGCGGCCAUCGCCAUCCUCUGACUCAUCAGAUUCUGAUAGGGAAAGGAGAAGGUCAAAGAAAAAGCAUCACAAAAGGAAGCGGCAUGGAUCCGAUUCAAGUUCAUCUGACAGCUCAGAUUCUGAUCGAUGUCAUGGAAGAAGUAAACGUCGACACCAUCAAUCUGAUUCAACCUAAGAUUAAGAUGGAAAUGUAGUGUAGAUUGCAGGCACCUAAAGAGUUAAUAAACAAAUCUGUGGUUGUGGGUGUACUGCCAUAGGAGUAAUUAUAUGAUGCUUUUGAGCUAGUACGGAAAUAAAUUUGGAUGGCUUGUUGUA